GAGAGAGAGAAAGAGAGAGACUGAGAAGCUAGAGAGAGAAAGUGUGUGUGUGUGUGUGUGCGAGAGAGAGAGAGAGAGAGUGAGUGAGUGAGAUGGAAGCUGUGAGAUUUGGGAGGCUUGAGUUACAGAGAGAUAGAGAGAGAGAGUGUAGAGAGCUUCUGAAUAGUUGAAUACUCAAACAACGCACUUCAGAAUUCCAAUGGACUCCUCCUAAUCCUACACUCUAUUAACUGACAAGCGAUAGCUAAUGUAUUGACUGAUUGGUUUUCGGUUUAAUUUUGAUGAGGAAAGAGACAUGAGCCUUUGCAUUGAUUGGUUUCCUUAGAAUAACAUCCACUUUUUGGACAAAAUUGGGUGCCAUGUUGGAGGGUCCAUCAUAUCUUAUCUCCCGGGACCUGCCGAGUUCCUGCGAGCAUGAGAGCAGGUGGAUUUACAACACAUUCCGCGUGAUUGAACUUUCAAAUGGUAAGCGCCGUGUGGAAGAUGGGGAAGGGGUCUCACUGAGAAAGUCAUCCAAGCCAUCAGAUGUCGUUGAGAGAGAGGAAACAAUGCAGAGUCUUCAUGAUCUUUCACUCUCUCAAGCUGACCAAUCAGAUAAUGGGGAUCACAAUGGGGAUCAAUCGGAUUCAAGUUCACUCAUCCAGCAAAUUGGCCGAGACAUGUCAAUCAAUUGUCUAGCUCUCUGCUCAAGAUCAGAUUAUGGCUCGAUUGCAUCAUUGAAUCAAAGCUUUCGAUCUCUAAUUCGGAGCGGCGAGCUAUAUAGGAUGAGACGGAACAUGGGUAUUACCGAACAUUGGGUUUAUUUCUCUUGCAAUCUUCUUGAAUGGGAGGCCUUCGAUCCUAUUCGCCUUCGUUGGAUGCAUUUGCCUAGAAUGACUUCAAAUGAAUGCUUCAUGUGCUCAGACAAGGAAUCAUUGGCUGUCGGUACUGAACUUCUUGUAUUUGGAAAGGAGAUUAUGUCCCAUGUAAUUUACAAAUAUAGCAUAUUGACAAACUCAUGGUCGUUGGGUACAGAGAUGAACGAACCGAGAUGCUUGUUUGGGUCUGCAAGCCUUGGGGGAAUUGCAAUUGUUGCUGGAGGUUGUGACCCAGAGGGCAAUAUCUUGAGCUCUGCGGAGCUUUAUGACUCAGAUACUGGUAUGUGGAUGACCCUUCCAAGCAUGAAUAAACCGAGGAAAAUGUGUUCCGGGGUGUUUAUGGAUGGGAGAUUUUACGUUAUUGGGGGAAUUGGAGUAGGCAAUCCAAACUUGCUUACAUGUGGGGAGGUGUAUGAUUUGGACACAAAGGCAUGGCGCGAGAUUCCUAACAUGUUUCCUGAACACAACGGUGACGCUGUGGCUACUGAGGCACCUGCUACGGCCAAGGCACCUCCCUUGCUUGCAGUUGUGAAAAAUCAACUAUAUGCAGCAUAUUACGCAGAAAAAGAAGUGAGGAAGUAUGACAAGGAGAGGAACAUGUGGCUUACGGUGGGGAGGUUGCCUGAGCAAGCAGCGUCCAUGAAUGGUUGGGGCCUAGCAUUUAGGGCAUGCGGAGACCGGCUUAUUGUUAUUGGUGGACCUAGGGCUUUAGGUGGGGGGAUCAUAGAGGUUAAUGGUUGGAAUCCCGAUGAAGGGCCGCCACAGUGGAUCUUACUGGGAAGCAAGCAUUCGGGAAGUUUUGUCUAUAAUUGUGCCGUGAUGGGUUGUUGAGGUGUCUGAUUUUGAUGACGCUGAAUGGGAUUUACAACAGGAGCUGGGAUUCUGGCUAGUGAGCUAGUCUCUGCCUUCCUUUUAUAGGGGAAAAUUCAGAUUUUACUCAAGCUUCAUAAAUAUUUUCUUGAAGGAUGUCUGGAGGUUUCUCUGUCUUCUAAUUCUAUUUGUCCUACUCAUCUUCACUCAUUUUUAGUUUCUGUGAUAGUUUAUUUCCAAAGUUUGGCACCAUGUAGGACAAGCAUAGACUAAUAAUUGAAGUACCAGUGCAUUUUUAUGUUUUUAUAAAUAUUUGCAAAGCUUUACCUGAAACCAUUUUGUUGUUUCAUGAUCUCAA